GUCUGGCCUGAAGUUACUGAUCCAGAGAAGUUUGUGUUUGAAGAUGUUGCCAUUGCUACAUAUUUGUUGAUUUUAUGGGGUGAAGAGCGUGCUGAAAAGGGAACAACAACCAAACAGUCCUUUGUGGAUCUUGGCUGUGGAAAUGGCCUCCUAGUUCACAUAUUAAACAAUGAAGGGCAUCCUGGAAAGGGCAUGGACAUUCGCAAAAGAAAGAUCUGGGACAUGUAUGGGCCUGGUACUCAUCUAGAGGAAAAUGCCAUCACACCCAGCAAUGACUUCCUCUUCCCCACCACGGACUGGCUGAUUGGAAACCACUCAGAUGAGCUUACACCAUGGAUCCCUGUAAUAGCAGCCAGGCAAGUCAUCAGCAUAGGACAUUUAGUCCAAGUGUUGAGAAAAUACCUGUUCUCUUGUAAAUGA